GGAUUAAUAAAUAUCAGAAGAAGAAUAUAAAUGGUGGAUAGAGAUACUGCAAAAGAGAAAACAGAAGAGAAGAGAAGAGAUGGCAAAGAAUGUGAUGAAUGCGAUUCAGUACGAGAAGUAUGGAGGAGGUCCCGGCGGCUUGAAGCACGUUGAAGUUGGAGUUCCCAGUCCAAAGAAGAAGGAGGUUCUGGUGAAAGUGGAAGCGGUUAGCAUCAACCCAGUCGAUUGGAAGAUUCAGAAGGGUGUUAUGAGACCUUUAUUUGUCCCUGGAAACUUUCCUCAUACACCUUGUAUUCAUCUUUUCUCAUCCAACUCUUCACCCUCUCUUCCUUCCUUUCUGCUAUUUACGUUUAACAAAAUUUCUUUUCUUACAGGCACCGAUGUCGCUGGAGAGGUGGUUCAGAUCGGACCACAAGUCAACGAUUUCAAAGUUGGAGACAAAGUCCUUUCCAAACUCUCUACUCGAUAUGGAGGUGGAUUGGCUGAAUUUGCUGUGGCUAGUGAGAGCUUAACAGCUUCGAGGCCACCGGAAGUCUCGGCUGCUGAAGCUGCAGCGUUACCUAUUGCCGGGCUCACAGCUCGUGAUGCCCUCGCUCAAAUUGCAGGAGUGAAGCUUGAUGGGACUGGUGAGCCUAAGAACGUUUUGGUAACUGCUGCUUCAGGUGGUGUAGGUCACUAUGCUGUUCAACUGGCAAAGCUAGGGAACAACCAUGUCACAGCCACUUGUGGGGCUCGCAACAUUGAGUUUGUUAAGGGCUUAGGUGCUGACGAGGUUCUUGAUUACAGGACUCCGGAGGGGGCAGCACUCAAGAGUCCAUCUGGUAGGAAAUAUGAUGCAGUCAUAAACUGCACAACUGGAAUACCUUGGUCGACUUUAGAUGCUAAUUUGACUGAAAAGGCAGUGGUGGUUGAUUUAACUCCUAAUCCAUCUUCAUUUCUGACUGCUGCUCUGAAGAAAGUUACUUUUUCCAAGAAGCGGCUGGUGCCAUUUUUUGUAGAUGUCAAGCGUGAGGGCCUGGACAAUCUACUUCAGUUAUUGAAGGAUGGGAAACUCAAGUCUGUUAUUGAUUCCAGAUUUCCUUUGAGCAAAGCCGAAGAUGCUUGGGCUAAGAGCAUUGAUGGCCAUGCCACUGGAAAAAUCAUUGUUGAACCAUAGUUUAUUGGCUACUUUGCUUGGAGCUGUUGUAAUCAUGUAAUUUCUGCAUUUUUAUCCGGAAAAAGUUUGUGUAAGUUAAAAGCUCUGGCUAUAUUUGUUGUUAAUGUUUGUUGUACUCAAUCAAUAAUUCGUGAAUUCAUUAUUGUGUUUAUCAAAUCCGUGGUGAAGUCAA